GAGUGCCAAUAGACGCGCGACCGUCAUAGACAGGACGUUAUCGAUACUAAUAGAAUCGUUCUUUUUUUUGUUUUCAAGGUUUUUAAGAGAGCUGCAAUCCGGUGCAUCAAUCACGUAAGCUAAGUGAGUAACGCGAAGUGUCGAGCCGAAUAAAUCUCGUAUAUCAAAUUUCUGCCGAAUUUUGCGGCCCCCAGCGAUCGCAGUGCGGAAGAUCGAAUGCGUCGGUGAGAUUUAUCACGUCGCUUUUUCGAAUCACUGUAAUUCCGAGGAACGAUCGUCGAGCUAAAGCCGCAGCCGCUUGAUAUACGAGCUCUCGUUAUAUUUCUCGCAGUAGAAAAAAAAAUUUCUGCGCCGACGAUCGACGAAUCGCGCUCGAGCACGUAUCCCGCGCGUGUUCUAAUGAGAAGCAUUACGUGACCGUUCGAUAAGUCACUGUUUCGCAAGCGGAAAUUGAGGAUUGCAACCUAUAUGAAAUUGAAAGGUAGCAGCAAAAAACAAGUUUUAUUGUAAAGCUCAAGACCAUUUCCGAUAAGCUCUCAAUUAUCUCAGGUAUGUUUGCGGCAAUUAACAGAGUCAAUGAAUUUUCGAUCUCGCUUCGGUUGUUCUCAAAUAUUGUUACGUUGACUGGCGCCUAGCGGCGAUUGAGCGAACUUUCAAACUGGCUUCCGCGAGAGUGAGGGAGAUGGAAGACGCGUGAAGUCGUGCGGUAGCGGCGUCGUACGGGCCUCGCAUUCAGUCAGCGUUUAGCUGCCAAGGCUUCGUCUAACGGAGAUUUGGAUCAUCUUUCUUGAUCGUGUAAACAAACGAAGUUUCGCGCGCGUCGCGUCUAUUCUUCGAGUGUAAUUACAUCGCGUUCAUCCUCGCAGGACAUUUGCGCAUCCGUUCAUUGCGGAAUAUUCAUCGAUCGUCGUUCAUCGAAGACGUUUCUAUGGAUAUCCGGCACGUUUCGGCGCAGUGACACCAACAGCGGCUUGUCGCGUUCAUGGUGCGUGUGAAUACCGUUCGCCGGACUUAACACAGGACUCAAUCAUGCAUCGAGCACAGAGGAUCAGCGCUAUGGAACCACAGGACUGCUAAUCCACGUACUUCUUCGAAGCCGGAGCGAGGAUAUCACGCGGCCAAUAUGGAGCGGUGGCUGGUGUAUACGGUGACGCUGCAGAUUUUCGCUGCUAUCGCUCGCGCCGCCGAGGACUUUCGGCACAUCUCGUACGAAGAUUUAGCGAACAGCAGUAUGUUUCAACAAGAAGGAGUCACGACUUAUUCGCAGCUGCUUUUCGACGUGGCGCGACAGCAAGUCGUUGUCGGAGCGCGGGAUAAUUUGUACCGCUUGACGCUGACGUCACUCACAGACCUGGAGCACGCUACGUGGUCCGCGCCGGAGGACAAGGUCAACACCUGUCAGAAUAAGGGCCAGAGCGUCGAGGAUUGUCGUAAUUACGUCAAGGUGCUCCUCAGCAAUGGCAAGAGUCUCUUCACUUGCGGCACUUACGCCUUCAGCCCGUGGUGCGCGUGGCGAGAGAUCGAGAAUAUAACGAGCGUAACCAGCGAGAUGUCGGGCGUGGCCAUGUGUCCGUACUCGCCGCAUGCGAACGUCACGGCACUUUUGUCGAGGGGUUCCACCGGCGGGCUCUUCGCCGGCGCGCCGACCGAUUUCUCCGGAGCCGAUCCCGCGAUCUACAGAACGCUGGCGUCGCCGAACCUCAGGACACGACAAUACGAUUCCAAGUGGCUGAACGACCCGCAGUUCGUCGGCAGCUUCGAGACGGAGGAUCACGUGUACUUUCUAUUUCGCGAGUCCGCCGUGGAAUACAUCAACUGCGGCAAGAAAAUAUAUUCGAGGAUAGCGAGGGUCUGUAAGAACGAUCGAGGUGGGCAGAUCAUGAUGAAAGACGUAUGGACGACCUUCAGUAAAGCCCGAUUGAAUUGCUCGCUUCCCGGCGAGUUCCCAUUCUAUUACGAUGAGAUCCAAGGCGCUGCCUAUCAUCCGGAAGAGGGAAUUGUUUACGCGACCUUUACGACUCCUAUUAACGGCAUCGCGGGCUCGGCGAUCUGCGCGUUCAACAUGUCAGCGAUCACCGCUAGUUUUAACGGGCCUUUCAAGUAUCAGGAAAACGCGGGCGCUGCCUGGGAGAGGAGACCGGUCGCGCAUCAUAAUCGACAACGCUGCGGCUCGCCGUCGAGCACCGCGUCGCAUCAGAUCAUGGACAAUCAGCGUUACCAGUUGAUGGACGAGGCGGUGCAAAGCACGACGCUGGAGCCGCUGCACACCGCGACCCUCGAGCGAUUCACUCACAUCGCGGUGGACGUGACGCCGACCAAGCUGCACCGCAGCGUCACCGUCCUCUACGUCGCCACGGCGACCGGACUGAUCAAGAAGAUCUCCGUCUUGCCCAGAACGCACGAGACCUGCAUCGUCGAGAUUUGGGGACCGUUGCCCUCGUCGCCGAUGACCUUGCAAUUUCUCAAGGACACGCAGAGUCUUUACGUCGGCAUGGAGAUCGGUCUCUUGCGCGUGCCCGCCGUUCAAUGUUAUCGUCAUCGGAGCCGCCAAGCGUGCUUGAACGCCCAGGAGCCGUAUUGUGGAUGGAACGAGCAUCUCAUGAAGUGUGCGCAGGCACCGAAGCAGAAUUACCUGGCGAAUCAUUGGCAUCAGGAGGUCACCAAGUGCCCGGUGCUCACCGACCCUGUUGACGGUGGCUGGAGCGCGUGGAGUCCUUGGUCGCCCUGUCAACAUGGCCAGGGGGAACAAUCGGCCGGACACGGUCACGCUCACUCGCAUUCGCACAACGAAUACUCGGAGAAAAGUGACACGUGUCAGUGUCAGACUAGAGAAUGCAACAAUCCCCCGCCGCAACACGGUGGCGAGAGUUGCACGGGUGCGCGUGUCAGAGUAACAAAUUGUACCGUUCACGGCGGUUGGACCGCUUGGUCAGCUUGGUCGGAAUGCUCUCAGACUUGCGGUUUCGCAAUGAAAACCCGCCGGCGUACCUGCACAAAUCCGGCACCCGCCUUUGGUGGGCGCGUUUGUGUCGGCCACGAUCACGAUGACACCGUGUGCAUCGAUCGGCCGCCCUGUCCUGCCCUUGUUAAAACCACCCUGCCUCAGGCCGGCCAGUGGACGUCCUGGGGCAAUUGGCACGCAUGUUCGCGGCCGUGCAACGGUGGAAUACGUUUAAGAAAGAGAAUCUGCGAGAGUACAUCGCCGAAGAAAGGAUCGCCUGUCGAAUGUUUUGGAUGCGAUACUCAGUAUGAGGACUGUAACACUCACGAGUGCACCGAGACGAAACGGUAUUCCGGAUGGACUCCUUGGUUGGCCGUGAACGCCAGUCUGCAAAGCGCCAGUGCGGGUUACGUGGAGAAGCGUUUCCGAUUUAGCUGUCGCGCGCAGACAAGCGAUCCUUCGAGCGUGCGAGUGCAGCUCGCCAAGGAGGAGGAGCGUUAUUGCAGAAACGACGGGUCUUGCUUGCGAGGAAAGGACGAAUACACGGAACCCGUGGAGAGUGGCUGGGGCGAAUGGUCCGCCUGGGGGCCGUGCGACCGUCCUUGCGGACGGGGUAUUCAACGUAGAAUAAGGCAAUGCGACUCGCCGGUUUGCAAGACCGGCGUCGCCUCUCAGAGCAGAGCCUGCAAUUUACACGCGUGCCGCAGUAAUUCCGCCAGUAUCGUGACGGAGGGUCAAUGGUCGUGUUGGACAGAAUGGUCCGAGUGCUCGGUGAGCUGCGGCGUCGGCGUGCGUACGAGAACAAGGGAGUGCCUUGGCCCGGAGAGCUGCAACGGUCCCAGACUGGUCAGGGAGACCUGCGAGACGCCCAGUUGCGAAUCGCUGAUCGGUUGGGACACGUGGUCGCAGUGGACUCCGUGCGACGGCGAUCGUCAGCAGCACCGAAAGCGAACGUGUCUCCAUCACGGACCCGGCAUGUGUCAAGGUCUGAAUCAUGAGAUACGCGAUUGUCUUCUGGAUUGCACAGACAACGAUGUUAAUGCGCUGCCCUCGAGCGUGGAGAGCUCGGGCGUCACGGUGGGCGCGGUGGUGGGCAGCUGCGUGACAAGUUUUAUCAUCGGCUUGGCCUUAACCGCGGUGUUGUGCUUCUGCUAUUUGAAGCGACGCAAGCCGCGCAUUCCAGGGAGUCCGCAUUAUAUCAGCAAACAGAAUCCUUACGUCACCGUGCCGCUGAAAGAGGUGAACGCGAAGCGACAGCCCAGUUUCUCGGGCAGCACCAACGGAAAUGGCACUCUGCGCGGUAAGAACAAUCCCAAUGUCAACGGUCUCGGGAGUCCCAAGCUGUAUCCGAAGAGUCUCGAUUAUGAAUCCGCCACCCUGAAGCGCAACAGUCACGGCCAGCAACAUAUCCGUGCCGAUCUCGAUCAGGACAAAUACUACUGAACGAGCGAUCCGCAUGGAAUCGUGUAUCAACGUCAUGUGGAUGGCCAGCUGGUCUUUCCAGCCACGUGAUUUUCGAGUGAUUUAUUCGUACAGCAAAUUGUGAUGUUGCUGAUCGCGAAUACUAACUCAUUCCACGCACUUGGCAGCUGCAUAUAAAUAGUGCCGGUCGAUUAACGCUCGGUCGACAUUAACAUGUGAGACUUGAGAACGGACUUCCGGAAGAGUGAUCGUGUUUUGCAAUCAGGAAAGUGCAAACAAUGAUGAAGAGGACGGAAGGAGUCUGUGAGAAAAAGGUUUGAGAGUAUUUACUUAAUUAAAUUAAGGCGACAAUAUCUUCGACGAUACAUGCAUACAUACGAUCGAUUAAGCAAACGCCUGUCUGCAAGACUAUACAUUCUUAGUAUUAAGUACCCGAUGUACACAUUCUCCGGCGUGUUCGUUUAGUUAAUGAUAACGUUGCGCUUAACGACACAACUCCACUGACAACGUUGCUCAAUACUGAGCAAUAAAGAUGAGAUAUACAUUUCGAAAGAGACGCAGCGAUAUUACUCCAAUUGCCUUAAUGUCUUAGGCUCUACAGCAUACACAUAGUUGUAGAGUGGUACUUUGCGAUGUCGUUUGUCGAGCGGUGCAAUAACUCAACGUACCCCCGAGAGAAAAGCCGUUGUUUCAAGAGAGUUUUUAAGAGUUUAUUUUUGUUUCUGUACAUAUCCGUGAGAAAGAGAGAUAGAGAUUUAAUCCCGCACACGCCUGGGCAUUCAUUUUUUUUCAUCUGUAUAAAGUUUCAUUUGAUCUUUUAUUUGUGAAUGCAUUUUCACACAUAUUUCAUACAUUUAUAACAUUAUUCGUGCGGCAGAAUAGUUUUAUAACAAUAAAAAUAUUAAUGAGGCGAAAAAGGCAAUACGAAACAUAUUUUUUGCGCAUUGACACUCUCGCGCGUUCUUAUUAUCUUUUUUCUCCGUUAAUAUUAUUAUUUGAGCGAGAUAACAAGUGAGAAAUAUGAAGAAGUGCGUCUAUUAAACCGCGAUCACGCAGACGCUCGGGUUGCCGAGAAUCGAUUGAUAGUCUUUGUACAAAUACAAAAAAUGUGUUACACAAGUAUGCAUUUUUGGAAAGAAAGUUUGCCUCUUUUAUAUUUUAUUCAUAGAAGAAGUAUCGAAUUUUAUACUGAGUAACGUAGUGCCAUGAUACGGAGUUGUAUAUACGUAAAAAUGCGUCUUCUUAAACGUAGCUUUACGAUGAUGGAGUAUAUACUAUAUAAUGAAUGUGUAACGAUGAACACACAUACGUUGCGCGACGAUUGCGUUUACAUUGGCUCACAUUGAGUCGCGCUCGCGAAUCACGUUUACGCAAUCCCCUAAAAUAAAUUGCCUUAUUACUUGCCGCGUCUAUACGGUGAGCCAAAUUUUUCAUUUAGACACUUAUUGUUAGAGGGAAAAUUGAGGUCUUCCAAAACGACUAAUUAAAAGAAUUUGAUCGUAUAAGUUACCUCUUAAGUACGAAUUUAUGUAAUUCGCAGCAUGUAAGAUGAUACAUGAAGAAAAAAAGAUGUAAAACUGCGACGUUUGAUUUUUUUACAUGAGUACGAAGUCUUAUUAUAUCAAGAUCGUGUAUAUAUAAGAGUAAGAAUUAUUAUAUCCGAUGCAUCUUAUACCCAACGCACUCGUUUGCAAUAAAGACAAUAUUCUUUUUUUUA